UCCGGUUGUUGUCAGGACAAGUGCGAGACUGGAGCUUAGUGUCCAUGUUCUUUCCUGCUGUUUAUAAACUGGAGUCGGCCUUUUACUGCCUACCCGUUGUUGAACCCAGCUGACUAUAUACACACACACACACACACAGAAACAAACGCAGGGAUAUAUGUGUGAGGAAAGCGAGAGCCUGAGACGAGAGGGCUUUGCGAGUGAGCGAACAAUCGCAGGAAAUCGCUUCAGCCUGGCCGCCAUUUUCAGCCUUUUGAAACUUUUAAUCCGACGACGAAAGGCGAGGAGUUCUGUUUUUUUUUGGAGGAGGUAGGCUGGUGAUUCUACUGUUUCUCUUCCCCAACUUUACUUCUCGGUAGAUAUUUCGGGCGAAUUAGACGUUUUCGUCAUUGCAUGGUGAUCGCCUCCUCCGUUGGACGUCGCACCUCAGAUGCUGAGUUCGGGAUUUUAGCUACAGGUCGGAAGCGGAGGAGGAGACGGCGGCGGCGGUGGGAAGUCGCUAUGCAUCCAUUACCCCUGCCCCGACCACCGCCAGGCCCUCUGCCCAUCAGCGAAGCCUCUAAGACCGUCGUCGUGAGCUGCCACCGUCACCCCAACCAGCAGCAACUCCCGCAACCCGGCAAGACGGCGGCGGUGAGUCGAGCUUGGAAGAUCCGCUGCUCUUCCUCCACCGCGCUGCUACAGAGACACGCACACGGCCGGCCUGCCUCCCGGGGCGGCGGGGCUGGAGGCCCCACGACAACCACCGGGCCCGAGAAAACUACACCAGCGACUGGCAGCUGCUUGACCGCGGAAGAGCGCAAGGUGACCAAAUCCAUGGGAAGGUCGGAUAAAGCAAUAAUUCCACACACACAAUUCAUGUAUAGUGUAAAUAAAACAGAGUACUGCCAGCCUCUAAAUACCAAGAAAAGAAAUAGACGUAGUCUGCAGUUAAGAAAAACUUCAAUAAAAAGAAAUGAAAACAGCCAUAGCCAGAAUGGUCCUUCUGUUGAAUGCUGCAACAUUAUCAAAAAAGAUGGAGACAAGCCGAUUAUUUCUGCAAACCCAUCCAAAAAUCUAAAAUUACUGAAAGCUGGUCUGAAGUCUGCACUGAGCCUUCAAGGAGAUCAGAACUAUGCUGGGCCAAAAUUUAGUGAGCCACCGUCUCCCAGUGUUCUACCUAAGCCGCCCAGUCAUUGGGUAGGAGCAUAUGCUGAAUGUCCUGAUGAGAGAGUUCAAGACAUUUGCCAGGACAGUCUCCUCAGAAAUGAAAGCACUAUUCAAAUAGAUUCCAGCUUCAUGGAAAGUUAAAUGGAAAUUGUUAAGGAAAUUAUCAUCGGACACCAAAAAGGAACUGGAGCCUUUUGGUUGCUGCUUUAAGACCAAUGGAGAUAUGAGAAUUCCAUAUGAGAUCUGGAGGAAAUAGUAAAGCUUACGUGCCAACGGAUUAAGAAUGACAACAGAUGAAGAAGAAUGAAGAGUAAAAUCAUCAAUAUAAGAUAUUACAGAUUUUCAAGAGAUAUGAAAACAAUCUCUCCAAAAACUCGAUUACAUUGACUUUUCUUUUGCAAAUGUUAGUAAAUGAAGAAAAUUAUACCCACAGGCAUAGAUAAGUUAAAGAUUUAGUAAUUCACUUACUGUACUGCAAGAGAAAUUAAGUAUUUGUACAUUGAGGGAAUACAAUCUGAAGGAAGCUG